ACCCCGCCCGGACGCUCGCCUGGCCCCGGCGCGCAGGAUCGAGCCCGCCAGCAUCAUGGCCAGCCCAAGAACCAGGAAAGUUCUUAAAGAAGUCAGAGUGCAAGAUGAAAACAACGUGUGUUUUGAGUGUGGUGCGUUCAACCCUCAGUGGGUGAGUGUGACCUACGGCAUCUGGAUCUGUCUGGAGUGCUCAGGCAGACACCGCGGGCUUGGUGUGCACCUCAGCUUCGUGCGCUCCGUUACUAUGGACAAGUGGAAGGACAUUGAGCUUGGGAAGAUGAAAGCUGGUGGGAAUGCUAAAUUCCGAGAGUUCCUGGAGUCUCAGGAGGACUACGACCCCUGCUGGUCCCUGCAGGAGAAGUACAACAGCAGAGCCGCCGCCCUCUUCAGGGAUAAGGUGGCCGCUCUGGCCGAAGGUAGAGAAUGGUCUCUGGAGUCAUCACCUGCCCAGAACUGGACUCCACCCCAGCCCAAGACGCUGCCAUCCACCAGCCACCGAGCCUCUGGCCAGCCGCAGAGCUUGACCGCCUCUUCGGACAAGGCUUUUGAAGACUGGCUGAGUGAUGACCUCGGCUCCUAUCAAGGGGCCCCAGAGAAUCGCUACGUGGGGUUUGGGAACACGGUGUCACCUCCAAAGAGAGAAGACGACUUCCUCAACAGCGCCAUGUCGUCCUUGUACUCGGGCUGGAGCAGUUUCACCACCGGAGCGAGCAAGUUUGCCUCAGCAGCUAAGGAGGGCGCCACGAAAUUUGGAUCCCAAGCAAGUCAAAAGGCUUCUGAGCUGGGCCACAGUCUGAACGAGAGUGUCCUCAGACCCGCCCAGGAGAAGGUGAAGGAGGGAAGGCUUUUUGAUGAUGUGUCCAGUGGGGUCUCUCAGUUGGCGUCCAAGGUCCAGGGGGUUGGCAGCAGGGGAUGGCGGGAUGUUACCACUUUUUUUUCUGGGAGAGCGGAGGACCACUCAGACAGACCCCCGGAGGGCCGGAGCUACCAGAACAGCGGUGGGGACAACUGCCAGAACAGCCACAUCCACCAGAGCUUCUGGGAGACCUUCGGGAGUGCUGACCCCUCCAGGGCUCACAGGUCCCCGAGCAGUGACAGCUGGACGUGCGCUGACGCCUCGGCCAAGAAGAGGAGCUCGGAUAGCUGGGACAUGUGGGGCUUGGGCUCCGCGUCCAACAAGAACAGCGAUAGCAGUGGGGAGGCCUGGGGGGGUGGCAGGGAGAGCAAAGCCAAGACCACCAAGAAGGUGGCACGGCCGCCAACCACGCUGGUCGAUGAGGGCUGGGACAACCAGGACUGGUAGGCCCCGCGCGCCCCCAGCCCCGGGGCCACUGCCGUGUCUGCACUUUGCCCUCCUCAAGCCUUG